GACUGUGAAUAGCGACGCCCUAUCCAAGUUCUCGGAUUUUGUGAAGGAUUUGCUUUCGAUUUAUCGAGUGAGUAGAGCUAUCCGUGUUGUUAGCCAUGACGUCAAAAUGCCUGAGUUGCAGUAAAGGUGUGACAUCGCGUUCCAAGGCCGUACAGUGCUCUGAGUGUGACGGAUGGCUGCAUAUUGCCUGCUGCGACAUUUGUCCUGAACUCUAUGAGUCUCUGCAACGAUAUACUACAUCGGCUAUCACUGUUUUCUGUCGCAGCUGCCGUACUUCAUUAAACAGUCGACGCCUUCACGCCGGACUGCCAGUCCUGAGCCCUCAUUCUACGCCAACGAAGUUCGAAACUUCCACUGCGUUGGACUCACUUGUUUCAUUACCUUUUUCGUCCGCACCCAAUUCCGGCUCAGCUACCCCCACGGGUAAACGAAGCCGUGUCCCAUCUGCUCCCUCAUCAGAACUUUUGACACAUGCCUUGCCCAGUGAGCCCACGACUGAGACAUACGCUGCCGUGGUGAGGAAAACUCUCUCUGUCCCAGUGGGUCAGGCGAAGUCCAAGUCCAAACCCAAGAAAACUGAUUCCCAGACCCAAAUGAAAUCUGUUCUCAACAAAGUCAACGAGUUGGAAAAGUUGAUCAAGGACAGUACGUCACCACAGCCUCAGAUCUCUGGCCGCGCUCUUCCACCCUCUCGUGAAAGAUGCCUUAUCAUUGUGAACGCCCCAGAAUCCACCAAGCACACCUCUGCAGAAAGGAUGCUGGAUGACCAAGGGUUCCUUGAACGAAUGAUUUCCAUCUUAUUCGAUGAAGGUGAAUUAGGUAUAAACAUUAUCUCUGCCUUCCGCCUGGGCAGGAAGCAAGAGGAUCCUUCCAAGGUACGCCCCCUCAAGAUCGUAUGCCAAAGCGAAGAGGAAUGCCGACGCAUCCUCCGACGAACCCCACGUUUGAAAGGUGAGCCUUUUUACGUCCUGAGAGAUCUUUCUCCGGAAGAUCGUAUUAAGAUGAAAACAGCCGUUGAUGAGCUCCGGUCCCGCCGAGCGAAUGGUGAGACAGACCUCCACAUUGUGGAUUUUCGCGUAAUCCGGAGAACCCCGAGAACCCGGUGGAGGCCAAUUCUCCUCAACCCAGGACAGUAAAGCACGAGAAUGGACUGCGUGUAAUUGUUGCCAAUGUACGCAGUCUGAGAAAUAAACUUGAUGAGGUACAGAUGCUUGCGUCAGAUACUUGCCCAGACUUGAUGGCCUUUACCGAAACUUGGCUUUUUGCAGACAUCAUAGAUUCAGAGGUUUCUAUCCCCGGAUACAGUCUUUGUCGAGCCGACCGCCUUGGAGGUAGGCCCGGUGGCGGCGUUAUACUUUACUGGAAGGCCGAACUGAAGGCCCAUUUGGUUGCAGCUACUAGUGGCGACGACGGUGAUUUUGAUGCCCUGUGGUGCCGUAUUCAUGAUGGAUGCAGAUCCUACACUAUUGGUGUUGUUUACAGAGCGCCAUCGGGAUCCGGAGUUCAUUUGCUCAAUUCGAUCAGGAAGCACUGCGCGGGAAAGGACAGUCUUAUCGUGGGGGAUUUUAAUGCCCCUAAUAUCGACUGGGACCUACUUCUCUGUGGUCGUCCACCUGAUUCUUUUGAUGCUACUUUACUUGAGACUGUUAUCGAUUGUAAUUUGUUUCAACACGUCACCAUGCCAACCCGCAUUGUUGCCGACCAAACGCCAAACAUUCUGGACCUUGUGCUCACCCCAGCUCAGUCAGAUGUCACGAACCUAACAGUUCUUCAACCCAUCGGCAAAAGUGAUCAUUGUGUCGUUUCAUUCCAAUGGACACGUCGCCUCACGAUCCAUAGCCAGGGUGGUUGUCGUCGGAACUUUUGGCAAGCGGAUCCUCUCCGUCUGAGAACAGCCGCAAGCGCUAUGGACUGGAGUAUUCCUGAUCCCAUUCCCCUUGAUGAUGCGUGGAACCUUGUGCUCUCCAAAAUGACUUCUCUAAUUGAGCAGGUCGUUCCUUUCUCCCGUAGAAAGUGCUUCAAGAGGGGUCCACCUUGGAUUGACAGUGAAUUGAGAUCUCUGAUAAACAGAAGACGCAAAUUGUGGGAUCGUUUUAGGCAAUCUCAAACAGAGUUCGAUUACUCUUCCUACAAGACCACCAGAAAUGCUUGUGUCGCGUUGAAGCGACAGAAACGUCAGCAAUAUGAACUAUCAUUAGCAGCACAUUCCAGAACGACACCUAAAAUGCUUUUCUCUUAUCUAAAAAGAAGUACCAGGGCUGGCAGUGGCAUCCCCACCUUGUGUUCCUUUGAACCUCGAAAUUUACUUUACGAAGACGCUGAUAAAGCCAGUCUUUUGGCCCAGCAGUACGCCUCUGUCUUCACGAAAGAAACUCCCGCCUGCGACAACACUGUGUCCAGUUUUCCUUAUGAGUUGGAUCAAGUAGACAUUAACAUCAAUUCUGUGGUUAAACUUCUCCUUGAUUUAGAUCCGCAUUCUUCACCCGGCCCUGAUGGCUUGCACCCCCUGUUCCUUAGGAUUGUGGCGCAGUACAUCGCCCCUCCUAUCUGUCAGGUUUUCCGUCUUUCUUUUGAAGCUGGGCGUCUCCCGUCGGCUUGGAAAGUGGGCAUUGUAAAACCCAUUUACAAAGGAGGGAACAGGCAAGAUCCAGCCAACUAUCGUCCUAUCUGCUUAACCUCGAUAUUAUGUAAAGUUAUGGAGCGGAUCUUGAAGCAGACUCUUCAUCUCUACCUCGAGAAACUGAAUCUCUUCUCUUGUGCACAGCAUGGUUUUCGAAGGGCACGCUCAUGUACCUCGAACUUACUAGUUGCUAAGGAGAAAUGGGCGAAAUCGCUAGAUUCCGGCAAACGCUUGGACGUUGUGUUUGUGGAUUUCAGCAAAGCUUUCGACAGGGUCCCGCACGAACGACUUUUGCUUAAACUCCGAGGAAUCGGUAUUGCCGGGAAUCUUCUCUCCUGGAUCUCUGAUUUCCUUCGCGACCGCACGAUGCAGGUGCAAGUAAACGAUACAUUUUCCGCCCCUGUUCUCAUGACUAGUGGAGUCCCACAAGGUUCGGUCCUCGGCCCUGUGCUUUUCAACAUCUUCAUCAAUGACUUACCGUCAACACUCCAGGCGGAUUGCCUAAUCUACGCUGACGACUUGAAGCUGUGGAUGGAGGUAUCCAGUAUGGAAGAUGCUGACAGGUUGCAAUCGACACUCGACCUGCUACAUGAUUGGUCAAUUAAGUGGCAGUUGCCAAUGAAUCAUGAGAAGUGUUCAGUUCUCCCAGUUGGUGCAUCUGUCCCAUUUGGAAUCUAUCAUAUUGGUGGUUCCUUGCUCAGAAACGCCACUCAGGAGAGGGAUCUGGGAGUGGUACUUUCGUCUGACCUCAAAUCUAAUGAAGAUACCAAGAAAAAGGUCGCUGCGGCCUACAGGAUGUUUCACUCUAUACGCAGAGCUUUCUCUCGCCUGACCCCGGGAAUCUUUCGACUCCUGUUUACUUCACAUGUACGCCCGCUUCUGGAAUACGGGCUACCUGCCGCCUACCCUCUUACGAAAUUUGAAUGUGAUAUGAUUGAAAAGGUCCAACGGCGUGGAUCCAAAUCUGUGGCUGAGCUGCGGGACCUGUCCUAUUCUCUCCGACUCAAACAACUGAACCUCUUUUCCCUGGAUUACCGUCGUCAUCGCGGAGAUUUGAUCUUCACCCGACGUAUUCUUAGAGGAGAGUUGGGGAGGGAAUUACAGGAGUUCUUUCAUCUCAACACAGAGAGUUCAACAAGAGGCCACAGUUUGAAACUGUUCAAACCGAGGAGUGAUCGAGUGCGAUCCAGCCUGGCUUUAUCCACUCGCGUUGUGAAUGACUGGAACCGCCUUCCGGAGUCCAUCGUCGUUGCCGAGACCGAGGAACGUUUCAAGCAUUUAUUGGACUCUCACUUUAGUUUACGGGGAUCCAGCUGUUUCCAAUGCAGCUUCAGUGCUUCUCUGUGGGACCUUGUUCCGCAAUGACGCAGGCUAUCUCCGAAACGAUCGGGAAGUGACGGAGCUGACAAAGGAACUUCCUUCUGCUCUCUAUCAUUCAAUGAUUCAAUGAUUC